AUGUCGGUCAGCAAUACACUCGGCCGAGAUGAGAAAUACUCCCCAACAGUAGAGAAAGUCGAGGAUGCAGGGCACGCUGCGCUCAACAACAUCGAUUACGAUGAGGAGUUCUCGCCGGAGGAGCAGAAGAGAAUUAUUCGGCGGAUCGAUCUGCGCCUUGUCACGAUCACUGGACUGGCGUACUGCGUUUCGCUGAUGGAUAGGACGAAUCUGAGUAUGGCCGCUGUUGCGGGUAUGGUGGUUGAUCUAGAGCUUUGGUAUGCACGAUAUGAUGUCCAAAAGAGGUUCUCGAUCUUCUACCUUAUCGGCUGCGUGGCCUCGGCCCUGGCCGGAAUCCUGGCGUUCGGGCUGAUGCAGCUGGACGGGUCUCAAGGACUGGCAGGCUGGAGAUGGAUUUUCAUCCUCGAAGGAGUCAUCACCGGUGCCAUUGGCGUUCUAGCCAUAAUCUUCCUCGUCGACUUCCCCGACAGAGCCCACAAGUCCUGGAAGUUCUUGAGCGAACGAGAAUGCGCAUUUGUUGUGCGCCGGAUCAACCGUGACCGAUCGGACGGGGACGCCGAACCCUUCAGCCUGAAGCGGUUUCUGAAGCCAGCGCUUGAUUUGAAGAUCUGGGGCUUUGCAGUGAUUUUCUUCUGCGUCACGACUGUCAGCUAUGCCAUUGCAUACUUCCUCCCGAUCAUCCUCUCCGAGGGAAUGGGCUUCGAUACCGGCACCUCGCAAUGCCUCGUCGCGCCUCCCUACGCGGCAGCUGGUUUCGUGAUGUACGGUACAAGCUGGGUAGGCGACAAAUACCGUAUGCGCGGACCAGUCCUCAUUUUCAACGCGCUCCUCUGCAUCAUCGGAUUGCCGAUGAUGGGCUUCGCGUCAUCCAAUGCCGUACAAUACGUAGGCGUCUUCUUCACUGUCGCCGGCUCCAAUUCCAACAUCCCCGCCGUCAUGGCGUACCAGGCCAACAAUGUCCGUGGGCAGUGGACUCGCGCGCUGUCCAGCGCGACUCUCGUUGGAUUUGGAGGCAUUGGCGGCAUUGCAGGGAGCUUGGUAUUCCGGGAACAGGAUAAGCCGCAUUAUCGGCCGGGAAUCUGGUGUGCCAUUGCUUGCAACUUGCUUCUUAUGCUUAUCGUUGUGGUGCAGAGUAUUUGGUUCAGAAUCGCCAAUAAGCGAGCGGAGAGGGGGGAGAAGCUCAUUGAGGGAGUUCCAGGAUUCCGGUACACGAUUUAG